AUGGGUAUGCAAAAGAUGGAGAAGAGUGGUACAAGCUUGGUGGAAAGUGUGGACGCCAUGCAAGAGAUUUUCAAGCAUUUGGAUGCUCAAAGCUUGGGGUUGGCCUCCUGUGUCUCUAGAAGGUGGCACGAGGCAGCCAUGGAGGAUAACUUAUGGGAAGUGAUUUGCACCAAACGAUGGCCUGCUUCUGACAUUUCAAUUGGUCAACUCAGAUGUGUUGUGGGUGCAAUGGGUGGAUUCAGGCGUUUGUAUGUGAAGUGGUUGCAUCCUCUUUCCAGGCAUUCUUCUCCCCCACAAUGCAAGAAUGGUGCUUUUGUGGACGAUAAUGUUGGGUGGAGCGAAGACCAAGUACGGCUUUCCAUGUCUCUUUUCUCUGUUGAGUAUUAUUUAAAACUUGGGUCAUUCAGAAGUAGUCCCUCUUAUGAAUUGUCUGCUAUUCUUUCCCAGAGUAAAGUUGAGAGCACUAGCAGAAUCUUGUAG